AUGGUAGCCUCAACUGCCUGGUCAGUAUUCCAAGUUCCACUGGGCAUCUGUUUGUUCUUGUUUAUGCUCGGACAAAUCGGAUGUCGACCGUGGAGCUCUGCUCUCGCAAACCACUCGAGCCAACCAGCAGUGGAUCAAGAACAGGACAGACACAAACUUCCCGACUUCAUCCAGUCCUGGGAGACUUACAAGAACUACACCAGCCAUCACAGAACUUUUACCGGCCACGCGGACCGUCAGGCGACCAUCGACAUCCUCAAAUCCCGCGUCCCGGCAUCCCGCAUCCAGGAGGACGAUGACCCGGACCAAACAACGCUUUUCACCGACCGGUACCGACUCGAGAUCGAUCAACGGGGAAUCCUCGGUCACGGGGCCAGUGGCUAUGUCUAUCCCGGCAUCUUGUCCCAUCUGAGGCUCAACGAAGCCCAGGAUGUCGCCGUGAAGGUCUCGCAUCACCCCCAUGUGCUGUGGGAGGCUCAGCUAAUGGAUGUCAUUCACGGCGAUCACCUGCUCCAUUACCUGGAGACGGUAUCCAUUCCCCAACCAGAAGAUGACAAGGCGGCAAAUGGACUGGUAUAUGCAAUGGUCAUGCCGCGCAUGCAGGGGACUCUGCACUCAUGGGCGGCCAGGUCGCCGUCGAGCGAGGAGUCAGAGCAGCGGACUCGCUCCGCUAUGCUGCAGAUGUGGGAAGGGUUGGUCCAGCUGCACGCGCAGGGGUUCGCGCAUCGCGACGUGAAGCUCGCGAAUAUGGUGUAUAGAUGGAACGAGACGGGAGAGAUGCACGUCCUCCUCUCGGAUCUGGAUCGCGCUACCCCUGCCCGAGAGGUGAGAGGCAGUGCAGGGACUUUGGGGUAUCUAUCUCAAGAGAUCCUACUCGACCAUAAACACGACCCGAUGAGCUCGGAUGUCUUUGCCAUGGCGAUGUCGUUCCUGGGAUUGGUCUCCAGCAAAAUGUCGGCUGAUCGGGACUUUCGUAUGCUGGUGUGGAAGAGUGUGGUUGAUGCUGCGACACAGUCGCGCGUCGAAACCACUCUGCUUGGUUUGUUUGGCAGCAGCUUAUCUGCGAGGCAGGCGGGGCUGUUAGCGAAAGCGCUGUGCGAGCAAGAGGGGGAGGACGAUGGCAGAUGGAUGCGGCGCUUCACGGCCGAGGAGUUUCUUGUUCUGCAGUGCGGACCACAACACAUAUGGAGGCCUUGUGGACUAAAUUACCCCGCUCCAACCAACCAUGGCUGCCAUACACCCCGCGAGGCGAUUCAGUGCCCAUUGUUGGCAUCGGCAUUGGCAUUCAGUAUGGACCCCCUAAGCGCCUUCUCGCUCGCGUGUAACAUUCUUCAAGUCAUCGAACUGGGUCAGAAAACCCUGACCCUGACCCUGAACUACCGCAAAGCCAGCACGGGCGAACCACGCGAGCACGAGGAUCUGCAAGGAGUGCUGCAAUGCCUGAUCAGUUUGAAUGUCGACCUGCACGCCUCGAUCCCGACCUCCACCGAGCCAGGCAGUCUCACCCCGGCGCUGGCUCGGUUGAAACAGGCCAACGAAGAGUGUCUUCGUCUGUCGAUCGAGUUCGUAGACUUGUUGAACAAGCUGAAGCUCCGCACCCCCCAUGCAUUGCUGGAGUCCAUCCGGGCCAGCAUCAAGACGCUAUGGAACCGCGACCGCAUGGAAGCUAUGUCUAAAGCUGUUGGUCGGGCGCGGGAGAAUCUCAACACCGCCCUGCUCUUUUACCUCAAAGAUACUCAAGCCACCGUGGCGGGCCAGGAUCAGAUUCUCCAAUCGACGGCUCAGCUAGAGGACAACGUCUUGUCUGCACUGGAGGAACGCUGUGCACUGAUCCGAGCCGACGUACGCCAGGUUCUGGAGCAGGUGCAGGCACCCGGCGUGAACCAAGCGGCAGAAACUCAGCUUCUGGUCUCGCAUCGGCAUCAGCUCGACUACCUUCAACGUCAGAUCCAUGGCAUUCUCGAUCGACAAGAACAUCUGAGCAACCUGGAUGAGCAAAGAAGACAAGCAGAAACCCACCAAAUGUUCUUGGCUAGCAUUCAAUUUCCGCAGAUGCAGGAACGUGCUCAACAGAUUCGUACCGCACACGAAAAGACCUACCGAUGGGUCCUGCAACCCAAAAACUUGAGUUCGGUGGUGGCUUGGCUAUCUGCUCCCACGGACAGCGAACCUAUCUACUGGAUUUCCGGCAAACCGGGUGCGGGGAAGUCGACCCUGUUGCGCUACCUGGACCAAAAUCUGGAUUAUGAGGAGCAUAUGCUUCCCUGGGCAAGUGGGGUUACCGUUAUUCGAGCUUCAUAUUACUUCUGGAACGCAGGAAAUGCGCUGCAGAAGUCUUUCGAUGGACUCGUGCGAUCCUUGCUUGCUCAGAUACUCGAACAGCAGCCUGAGCUGAUAGCUCGCAUCACGACACUCGGACCAAAGUACAAUCCCCGAACUUGGGGUUCGAGUGCUGUGGAAUGGACCCAGUCUGAGCUACUGAGUCUACUUCAUAUCUGCAUUGGCGCACUGCAAGACCGCUACAAAGUUCUCCUUCUUAUCGAUGGCCUAGAUGAAUAUGAAGGCACCGACGAGUUGCGGCGGGACGUAAUCCGAACUUUGUUUGGGCUGAACGGAAUGGCGAACGUGAAGAUAUGCCUGUCAAGCCGGCCUUGGAACGUAUUCCGAGAUGCCUUCAGCAGCACACCGCAACUACGAUUAGAAGACCUUACUUAUCAGGAUAUUAGCACCUAUAUCAAGACCGAGCUUACCAAAUCCCUCCGCUUUCGAUAUCUUCACCUGCGCCAGAAAGCUGAGGCAGACAGACUAAUCUUAGCGAUGACUGAAAAGGCCGCUGGGGUUUUCUUAUGGGUCCGGCUCGUGGUCCGCGACCUACUCGAAGCUCUCCAGGAUGGCGAUAAUAUGGCUGCCUUAUCGCGAAAGCUCAACGGCAUCCCCGCUGACCUGGAUGAAUACUUCCGUAGGAUGAUUGAUUCGAUUCCUUCCCUGCACAGACGAGAAGCGUCAAAAAUGAUUCAACUCGCAUUGCAUGAGGAGACCGCGUUCACCGCACUCCACCCGCUGCGGAUGCUUGAUCUCUUGUUCAUUGACGAGCCUGUCCUUGACUUUGCAGACGCAGGACCGUCGAAUUAUCCCAUUCUAGAUCUAGCCGAUCGUGAAGGACUUGCAUUUAUGCUCGACUCUACGUACCGCAGGCUCAACAGUCGGUGUAUGGGACUGCUGGAGUGCGUAUUUGAUUUGGAGUUCUCUGGUUUUCUUGACCUUACCACUCCGGAUUUCCUGGAGGCCUACGAUGGCCAUCAAUUCAGUUCUGCGCUGUGUAUACAGAUUGCGGAGUCGGCAGAGAUAGGACACACCUUCAUGCUAACUAUCAACUUCUUACAUCGCAGCUGCCGGGACUUUCUUCGAUCUCCUGAGAUACAGGAGUUACUGCAUCAAUACACCGGCGGGCCCUUUGACGCAAGGCGGUACCUGGUCAACGCCAGAAUCUGUCAACUUCAAGCCUUGAUGGUUGCUGGAAUCAACCUUGAAUUGAGUUUUGGCAUCGCUAGUUAUUUGGCGAGCGCACUAGCAGUGCCCGGAUGGAGGGAGUCCGCCCCAGCCAUCAGAGCAGCCCGAGUGCUGGACCCAGUCAUUGAAUUUCUCCUAUCAGCGAGCGACCACAACAGUAGCAUGGAUGUCGGCUGGUACAUAGGCAAACUGGCAGGCAGAUGGGCGGAUGAACGAAGCUGUUUCCUGACUCUCGCUAUCGACUUUGACCUGCGAGGCUAUGUCAGGGCAUGUCUCGGUCCGGCGCAAGUCCGCAACAAGGCAGGCCGCCCGAUCCUGGACCAUGUUCUCCAGCCAGAGUUCUGCCGGCGUCGUGGCUCCCUGGGUAUCGGAUACUCGUUGGUCAGCCCCGAACUCGUGCGCCUUGUGCUCGAAAACGGAGGCGACCCUAAUGAAUCUUACCGAGGAGGGACCGUCUGGGCACGAUUUCUCGCGUGGACAGCAGGUUGCUUAGUUGAUUAUCUCACUGUUGACGCCGAAUUUGUCCAGGCCCACGUCGAGUCUAUCGCGCUGCUGCUACAGCACGGUGCGACACUCGUGAUUCCCCAUUCCUGGCUUGCAAGCAGCAGUUCCGGCUGGGCAAAGGUAAUGACCCACCCGGAUUCAGGCCUGCAGGAAGGCGAUCGAUUCCGUCGCCAGACAUCACCCGUCUCAGCCCCCCCUCACACGGCUUCUAUCGUGGACCAGCCAUGUUAUGCCGUUACCGAUCUCCUGCAAGCGUUCCGCCCAUGGUUCGGAGGAGAGAUCGACCGGCUGAUUGCUCUCGCGCAACGCUCUGCCACCGUUUCUGCCUUAGGGCAGGGCAUCACGACCCUUCCUCUUCGGCCUAGAACCGAGUUUCUUCGACCCGGGGUAGAAUCUGUAUAGUGUGCAGGUCGGCAAGCAGAGCCGGGGGCCACUCACACACCUCGCACCAAGUUAUGUUUCUGCUCGUAGGAACUUGGAAUGGAUGAGGUCAAAACGGGUGAAAACAGGUGGGGAUGAAGGCAGCAAUGAAUUUACUGCUUAGUAGGGUAGGUCAAGUGAAAGGAACAUCUAACAAAACGCUCAAUCCUAUCAACGAGAACUAAAGUCUAUACUAUCUCAUAGCGAAGCUAGGGAAACCCCAGGCUCUGCCUCCUGGUUUAUUAUAGUGCAACCUAUCAUCCCCGAAACACAAAGUCGA